UUUAUAAUAUUUUAAUGCUAUGUAUUAUGAUGUAUUUUCAAGACUGUUAGGCUUUCUAUAGAUCAAAAUACAUACAUAUGCUCUUCGUAUCAAAAUUUUUAAAUACAUAUAAUUAGUUAUUUUUCUAUUUAAGAUACGGAAAGCGAUAUAGGUUGUAUAUCAUAAACGAAGAUGAUACAACUUGAAAAAUUUAGAAAAUUCUUAAUAAAUAGAGUUACUUGUACUCCAAGUAUUAUUGAAUAUAUUGAGAACUGUUUAUCAACAGACAAUGAAAGCAUCAAGUAUUCAUUUCAUAAAAUUAUGAUUCACAAUUGGCCUGAGAGUGGUCCUCAACUGUUUGAUGUGUUAAGCGAAUAUUUUGGUGUAACCAUAAUCCCCAUUAAUUUUAGUACACAUCAAAUCGUAACUACAUUUUACACAAGCAGUCUUUCCUUUGUGUUAAAAGUUAUUAAACUAGACUUCAUGUUUCCUCAUCGGAGGAACAUGUCCAAUAUUGAAAUACUUUUCAAUGAUAAGAACUCAUACGAUUGUUUUCAAGAAAGAACCACUAUUGAGGAUAUAGUAUCAGAAGUUGUGAGCAGACGUUUUAAUGAAUAUGGUGAAUUAAAUCUAUCUAACAUCUGUAAUGAUCCCGCUUUUGCAGAGAAAAAAAUAUAUUUCUACAAACUACUGCUGUUAUCCCAGUUUAAGAUCUUAAUGAUAAGAAUGGGUAAAGAUACAAAAUUGCUGAAUUUAAGCAACAAUGGAUUAAAUCACAUCCCAUUGGACAUAUUAAAUUUCUUCAUUAAAGGUGAUCUAACCGGGGUUAAUCUGAGUAAUAACAAUAUACCUUCAAUUUACGAACUUCAAAGGGUGAGCAGCAAAAUUGAAAAGUUAUGGAUAGAAGGCAAUCCCUUGUGCGAUGAAAUGGAUUUAAAUUUGUACAUCAAACAGAUACUACAAAAAUUUCCUCGAUUAACGGAACUGGAUGGUGUGAAAAUUAAUAAUUUUGGAAUAAUGUUUCCAUUUUACAAAAGCUAUAUGGAAAAUCCGAACAAGAAGACAAUGGCUGUGAUUGAGAACUUUGUUUCAUUGUACUUUGCUCAUUACGACACAUAUCCAAGGAAAAAAAUUGACAUGUUCUAUGAACCGAAUGCUCAAUUCACAUUAUCAACAUCUUUUACAAAAGCUGAACAAAACAUGAUGCAAUCAUACACAAUGUUCUCUAGGAACAUCUUAGAGCCAAGAACACAAAUGGAUUUAAAAUAUAAUCGAGUUUAUAAGACUCAGUAUGCCGAUGUUGGUGUUUUAUCACAACUACCAGAAAGUAAACAUGAUUUCAGAACGUUUAAUGUUGACGUUUUGAAACAUGAUAACACAACGUUAAUACUGGUCAUUGAUGGGAUCUACAAAGAAAUGCCGUGUGAUAGCAAUAAAGAAUAUUACUUACAAUUCAGACGGACAUUCAUUUUUAAUAUUAGGAAUGUUGAUACAAUGUCAUACUACACUAUAGCAUAUGAGAUGUUUUCAGUGUCUUUUGCAUCACCGGAGAAAAUAAAAAAUAGUUUUCUGACUCCCGUCAGACAUUUGAAUCAGUUGAGCCUGAUUGAUCCAGAGAAAGAAGACAAAGAUAUAAUUUGUGGAGCAUUCACUCAUAUAACGCAAUUGAAAAAGUCUGAAGCGGAAACACGUUUGAAAAACCACAGCUGGGAUUUAAAAAGAGCUUUGUCAGAAUUCGCUUCUGAAUACAAAAAUGAUUUUCUUAAGGCGGAAAGUUUUACGAAGGCUGAUUUGUCAGACUUGUCAUCCGUUCUUGAUGUUGACGAGAUUGAUUAAAUGUUUUCAUCCUAUGACUAGGUAGUAGGUACUGUGUACAUCUUACCAAAUCAUAUCAUUGGUUUGGGAAUUAGAAAACUUGUGAUCUCAUGUCAUCAAUAGGCUUCGCCUUUUCACAUCCUUUUGUUAUACAGAUUGGAGACUAUAUUCUUUAUAAGUGUUUCUUUCUUUUAAGAUUUUUAAUAAGGUUUGUUGGUUUGUAUCUUACGAUAGUAACAUUUUUUGCUCCUCGAUGAAUUUUUAAUCUAAGAAUAAAAGAGACCUUAAGAAUA